AUGUCGAAACUAGGCAUUGGGUUGCUGGCCGUGGCUGGAAUCAUGAGCCAUUACGCCUCAGCAUCCGAUUGCACCUCAUCCUCUGCCGAGGUUCACUGGCUUGGAGAAACGCCAACAUACAACGCUGGCGUGACCUUCGGUCUGCCAUGGCCCCAAGGCAAAUAUCAGCCCGGGAAGACCAACUUUACUCUCGUGGGAGAUGCGGAGGAAAUCCAAGGACUGGAGUCUUGGGCCACCGGCUACUGGGCUGAUGGAUCUCUCAAGUGGACUGGUCAUGCAAUUGCCGAAUCCGACAGGAUUUGCGACAAAUACACCGUCACCGCAUCGUCUCUCGGAUGCGUGAACGGCUCAUCCCCGGCCUCCGGAUCUAGCAAAUCAAACAACUCCAUUGUCGUCACUGACGCUUCUGAUACGGUCAAAGUCAACACGGGCGAAGUGACUGUCACUUUCCCCAAGAAAGGAAGCAUCAUCGUGGGCGAAAUUAAGACGAACAAUGGCAAGUCAGUGGCGGCUAAUGGACGAUUGGUUUUGCAUUCACAGGACUCGGUGCCCGAUGAUUAUGAUAGCCGCGCCAACUCUUCCGUCCAAUAUUCGAAUUUCAAAAGCCAAGUCGAAGAUGUCUCAAUCAACCAGACCUCUGUGCGCACGCUGGUCACGGUUCGUGGCAACCACACUGUAACUGACGGCGCCGACCACGAUCCCUGGCUUCCAUUUGUCGUCAGGUUUUAUCUCUAUGCCAAUUCUGCCACGAUCAAAGUGGUACACAGUCUCGUCUUUGACGGUGACGAGAAGGACUUCAUCACUGGUCUCGGUAUUCGAUUUGAUGUUCCUUUGAAGGGCGAGGAAUACUACGAUCGGCACGUCAGAUUUGCUGGUGUUGAUGGCGGUAUAUUGAAUGAGGCAGUCCAAGGCAUCACUGGCCUACGCCGCGACCCCGGUCAAGAAGUUAAGACUGCCCAAUUCGAAGGCCGGAAGCUCCCUGCCACGGACACCUGGGACAGCCGUGUCACUACACGGUUGAAGUGGAUCCCUACAUGGGCGGAUUACAGUCUGAGCCAACUGACAGCCGAUGGAUUCAGCCUCAAGAAGAGAACAAAGGCCGGUCAGUCCUGGGUCAAGGUUCCCAGUGGAACCCGCGCCGAAGGGCUGGCUUACCUGGGUGGAGCCACUCAAGGAGGUCUUGCCGUUGGCCUGCGCGACUUCUGGAAGCGGUAUCCCUCUGGCUUUGAUAUUUCCAACGCGGCAUCUGACACGGGUGAAGUCACUCUCUGGUUGUAUAGCCCUGCUGCCGAUCCGUUGGACCUUCGACCCUUCCAUGAUGGCCUUGGGCAAGAUGGGUACGAAGAUGAGCUUGACGCUCUGGAAAUCACCUAUGAAGACUACGAGCCCGGCUUCAACACCCCAUAUGGAAUUGCUCGUACUAGCGAAGUGUACUUGUUUGCUUUCGACGCGACACCAACAAGUGACAAGUUAUCAUCGCUUGCAGCGUAUAUCAACAACCCCCCGGUGCUGGUUGCAGAGCCAAAAUACAUUCACGAAACCAAAGCCCUCGGAGAGUAUUGGAACUUGCCAGAUACGACCAGCGAAGCUGCCAGCACUCUGGAAAACCACCUAAACUUCAUCUUUGAAUUCUACCGUGACCAAAUCGAACAACGACGCUGGUACGGAUUCCUGGACUACGGUGACUUCAUGCACACCUACGACACUGACCGACACACCUGGCGUUACGACGUCGGCGGAUAUGCCUGGGACAACUCCGAGCUUUCCCCUGAUCUCUUCUUCUGGCUUUACUUCCUUCGCACCGGUAGCAAAGAUGCGUAUCGUUUUGCCGAAGCUUUGACCCGGCACACGGGCGAAGUCGACGUGUACCACAUUGGUGACUGGAAGGGCCUAGGUACACGUCACGGUGUGCAGCAUUGGGCGGACAGUGCCAAACAGGCUCGCAUAUCACAGCCUCAAUAUCGAAAGUACUUUUUCUACUUAUCAGGUGGCGACGAGCGUGUCGGAGAACUCUUGGAGGAAUUGCUCGACACGGAUAAGACAUACGGGAUCCUGGAUCCACAGAGAAAGGUCCGCACUGAUGGCUGGAAGCCCAGCCCUGAUUCGACAGUCUCGUUUGGUCUCGGUACCGACUGGUCAGGUCUCGCCGCCGGCUGGUUGAUUGAAUGGGAACGACGUGGUUCCAGAUGGGAAGAGGCCAGGACGAAGCUAAACAACACAAUUUCGGGGAUCGCAAAUCUCACUAACGGCUUCGUGACCGGUUCAGGUCUCUACGACCCUACCACCUGGACAUUGGGACCCCCUCCAGCUGACCCCGACAACCUGGGCAACGUGUCUAUCUCACAUCUGAACGCUGUCUUUGGUCUGCCAGAGGUUGUCUCUGAGGCCAUCGCGUACUUCGCAGACGACUUGCCCAAGGGCUUCAAGCAGGAUUGGUUGGACUACUGCUACUACUAUCAUGCUUCAGCAGCGGAGCAGAAGACUCGUUACGGACAGAGCUUCAGCAAGAUCAGUCUGCUACAGGCGCAUUCCAGACUCGCAGCCUAUGCGGCGUAUGAGACCAAGAACACAUCCCUCGCCCUUCGGGCUUGGAAGGACUUCUAUGACAGUGACGGACUCGCGCCUGAUGCUGCUUGGAAUUCGACCCGUGUGAAUGGAAGUGCUGUCUUGGUGCCUGUUGAUGAGGCUGCUUGGCUUGCAACUAAUGACAUUGCUCAGUAUGGGCUGGCUGUCAUUCAGAAUCUUGCGUAUGUCUCAGAUGCGCUUGCUGAUUACCAGUCUUGA